UUUCACAGUUGUCACAUUUAGCUUAAAAAACAGGAUCAAAUCAUAACGUUUGGUAAUUAAGAGAACAUAACCGAAUAUUUUUGAGAAUUUAAUUUAUCCAAACUUAUAUAUAAUAUAUAUGUAUUUAACUUCAUCCUAGUAACAUUUUUUACUAUAACUAUGGAAAGCUCGCAAGGUGAGCUGGGCCCUGUCAAUAUGGACGAAUUAGUGAGAAGGCAGCGCCAAGAAAAAAAAGACUUGCAGAAUAAAACCCAGUCAAUGAAGAAAAGUAUUCCCAAAGGUGACAAAAAGAAGAAAAAAACCGUUUCGGAGGAAAUAGCAAAAUUAGAAAAAGACCUGGAUGACAAACAUGCUCAAGAACUAGGUGAGUUUAAGCAAAUGAGUUUAAUUAAAAAUGAACAAGUCACUACCAAUGAGCCCGAACUGAAUACAGAAGACCACAGCAAUCAGGAAGCUGAAACAGUGCUACCAAAAAUAUCCAGAGCACAAAAAAGACGUAACAAGAAAGAUACUGAAGCGAGAGAACGUGAAAGAUAUAUUUCCGAAGAGGCCGAGAAAAAUAGAGAUGGAGUUCGAUCUAUUGAAAUGAAUUCUAUAAAAAAAUCCCUUGGGGAUAUAAAUCUUCAAAUAUUUAAUAUUAACGCUAAUGGAAACUGCUUAUAUUUAGCUGUAAAACAUCAACUCCAAACCUUAGGCAAGCCUUCAUAUUCAGUGCCUGAAUUACGGCAAAAAACAGCCAAUUAUAUGCUCACAAAUAAAGAAGACUUCUUACCAUUUAUGUGUAACGAAGAUGAUGAGUUUGAAACCGUCAGUGAAGAGGCAUUUGAGAGCUAUUGCAAAGAAGUGGAAACAACCAAAGUCUGGGGUGGACAAUUAGAACUUAAAGCAUUGUCCAACAUAUUAUCCUGUCCCAUUAAAGUGAUACAAGCCACUGGUCCACCUACUAUUCAAGGAGAAAACUUCGAAGGCCCAGAGCUUAUUUUGACUUAUCACAGACAUUUAUACAAAUUAGGAGAACAUUACAAUUCUACUUUGCCUUUAGAACAAGACGCUGACUCUUCGUGAUGACUAGGACGGAUCCUUCUAUCUUUAUUUCAUGUGUUUCAUUAGUAUGUUCACAGUUGGAACAUCGCAAAUGGAAGUCCCAUUCGGUGUUACAAUUCUUAUUAUUGUAAAAAAUCAAUAAAGUUAUCCUUAAGUUUUACCGAGUUGAAUGCAUGCGUUUGUUUGUGUAACGUUUUUUGGUUUUUACGAUAAGUAUGAAAUAUACGAAAACUAUUCAAAAACA